UGGCCAGCGCGCUCCCUCCGCCGCACUGACAGCAGACAGCUGAGUCAGAGUGUUCAGGAGGCUCUCUCUCGUCACAGCAGGUAAACAGGGAGCGAAGGAGCUGCGGAGCCCGAGGACUUGACCAGACAGCAGCGAACUGUGGCCCCAGCCGCUCUGGAACCAUGCUGACGAUAACACUGAAGACCCUCCAGCAGCAGACGUUCAAGAUAGAGAUAGAGGCAGAAGUGACGGUGAAAACUCUGAAGGCUAAAAUAGAGGAGAACAGAGGGAAAGAUGCAUUUCCUGCUGCAGGACAGAAACUGAUCUAUGCAGGCAAAAUCUUGAAUGAUGACAUCCCAUUGAAAGAGUACAAAAUCGAUGAGAAAAACUUUGUGGUAGUCAUGGUUACCAAGCCUAAACCAAACCUUCCUUCACAAAAAGCUCCUCAGCCAACUUCUCAACCAGCUGCAGCCUCAGCACUGCCCUCAACCUCAGCACCGGCCUCUGGUCCUGAACAAGCACCCUCCUCUCUGACACACACAGUGUCUGCGCCCACACCUGCCCCGCAGUCAGUGCCUCCUCCUGAAUCCCCAUCUACAUCACCAGUCCCAGAAAACACAGAAUCGCCUCCUGCUGAAGCAUCAGCAGCUCUCGACUCAAAUGUAACCCCAGACUUAGCUCCUGACUUGGCUCCAGCUGUCACUCCAGCCUCUGCGCCAUCUUCAGCUUCUGAAACUGAUCAAACAGCCUUGGCCACUGCAGACCCAGCCACUCCUGCUACGCUGCUAGAAGACAAUCCAAGGGAAAACCCUGAGAAUCAACCUUCCACCACAGCAUCAAUGCGCUCUUCGGCUUCCAGCCUUGUUGAUGAACUGGGACACCUUGAAGAAGCAGCAUCAAUACUUGUGACAGGUCCGGCCUAUGAGAACCUGGUGUCAGAGAUCAUGUCUAUGGGUUAUGAGCGGGAGCAGGUAGUUAUUGCACUCAGAGCCAGUUACAACAACCCAGACAGAGCAGUGGAGUACCUACUGAUGGGUAUUCCAGCAGAGGCCAGUGAUCUGCCACCUCAAGAGCCAGUUAGACAUAGUGUUUCAUCAAACCCCCCAAACCCUGCCACAGAGGCCCCGCAGCAACCCCCAGCAACCUCUAACACAGGGCAGGUGUCUAGCAGUCAGCCUCCCCCUGCUGGUGGAGGUUCUGUCCCCACAGCAAACCCUCUGGAGUUCCUAAGGAAUCAACCACAGUUCCAGCAGAUGAGACAGAUCAUCCAGCAGAACCCAGCCCUCUUGCCAGCCCUGCUGCAGCAGUUGGGCAGAGACAACCCACAGCUGCUGCAGCAAAUCACACAGCACCAGGAGCGUUUUGUACAGAUGCUGAAUGAGCCUCGACGCGGAGACAUGGGAGGUGAGGGCGCCGAGGCCCAAGGGUCUCCACAGACAAACUACAUCCAGGUCACCCCACAGGAGAAGGAGGCCAUUGAGAGGUUAAAAGCGCUGGGCUUCCCUGAAGGCUUAGUCAUCCAGGCGUACUUCGCAUGUGAGAAGAAUGAGAAUCUGGCUGCUAACUUUCUGCUCCAGCAAACUUGGGACGAUGAGUAAGCAGACAACACCUGACACAUCACUGUUGGACAGAGGGUUUUGGGAGUGGGUGAAAGUGCAAUGCAAAAUCCAAUGGGGACGGACAGGGACGUGGGGAGGAAGACAACCUUUCUUUUCACGCCAUUGUGACUGUGGUCUGAUGAAGAUGGUGACGAUAACAGCAAACGAUAUGCUGUUCAAAGUUCGCUGUGCUGCCUGCUCUCCAUACUGCUGUGUGGUCAUCAAAGGAGCUCCCAUCGAGGUCUACCUCACUGCUGCUACAUUAUUACUGCUACCGCUUGAGCUGAGAGGAGACAUGUCAACAGUAUGCAUCACCUUUUCAGGCUUUUACUGUAUGGAGAGUGUUUCUACUGCAGUCAGCUCACACAACAUGAUUUAGACUACUAUACACACACAGUAGACAUACUGCAUAGUGUGUUUGUAGUGAAUGUAUACACGUUAAAAACAAAUGCGUCUUCAGAAUCUUUCCAUGUUGGAUUUACGUGGAAAUGUGAUGCAAACUGUUGACUUCACUGUUUUGAGAGCUAGCACUGCUUUAUAUUAAAGUUUAGACCUGGUCUGGUCAUUUAUUCAGCUUAUUUUGUCCAUUGGAAAGAAAAAUCUUUUAAAACAUCUAAAACCGAACAAGUCCAAACAGCACAGAUGUGUUCUCCAGGUGUGCUCCUGUGGUUCCAUAUUUGCUGGUAGAGCAUUUGAAACUGCCUGUUUCCGCUGGCAAAAUAAAAGAAUUAAGAAAUAAUACAUAUCAAUUUGGAUUUCAAGUAAAAAUGUUACCAAUCAUAAUUUUUUUAAAUGUAUCAUUACCCACUAUUAUCACUAAAGGAAGAAACGGUUAUAUUUCCAUAUCUUUAUCAUUUUGACAUAAUUUCCCAUUUUUCCUUAAUUUUGUAAUAUUUUAUGUUUGAUGGGCUGCCAAAAAAUCUAGACAUUCAAAGGGAGGUCAAAUGUAUCUGCUGUAAGUGAGCAUUUAACACCAUAAAAAGAAUAAGCGGUACGGUCACAGUAAAUAAUGCUGCCUUUUUAAGAUAAAGUGUGUGUGCAGUAGUGAUGUGUUGUGUGAUUGAAGUGGAUCCCUUUGCUUGAUUUAGCUUUAUAUGCUGUUUGACUUUGGAGGACUUGUUGGUUCUGUUGUUUGAACAUGGAUGAAUUUGAAGGUUGUUGAUGAAGUGCCACUCUAGUUUGCAAACUAAAUAUUUGUCAUGUUUUUAUUUUGAAAGAAAGGAUGUUUUCAGUAUUUCUGAGCUGGAAUGAACAGGCAUAGUCCACGUUCUAUGUUCAGCCAAUCAAGUUCUUUUGUGCUUGCUUCACAUUUUCUAUGCAUUUUAAAGCUGUAAGACUUUGAGCCAAUGCUCCUACAUGCCUUACUGGUAGACUUGGACAUUACCAUACAGUGUUUCAGAUAUUUCAAAGAUCAGAGUUGUAGGAUUUGUGACCCCAAAAUUUUAAUUAUUGAUAAUUUAUGAGUCAUUGCCUCAAAAGUGGUCUAAAAGGAAGCUGAAUAAGUGCUAGAAGCCAAAACCAACACACCAAAAAAAAUAUUUUUUCAGCAUUUAGCAUGUGCUUUGCUGUUUCUGCUGUUACUUUUCUAUAUUUUAUUUGAAUGGAACUGACUGCAGCCGGAAGUAAACUGUGGGGGGAAGGCACUUGAAUGUGGUAUAUGCUGCUCUAGCUUGUGAGGAGUUGUUGGUUGCAUGAGUGAUGAAACCAACAGUAUCGUGUUGCUCUUAUCUCGGUUUUUCUGUUGUUUUCUUUUGAUUUUUGGUUUAUGAAAAUAAUUUUUAAAAAAUCACUUACAGCCGUAAAUACUCUGGUUGAGGUUUUGCUGAAUAUUUGGGGGGGAAAUAAACUUGUUCCACCAUUGUGUAAAAUAAAUUACUUUUACAAAGUG